AUGCAUCGUUGCCUCACCAUAUCCGAAAUUCUGUGCGCUAUCAUCGCCUCUCUCUACGACGAGGGAACUUUCACUGAGACAGAUCCUCAACACUGGCAACGUCUCACUCCUCUCCUGCCAGGGGAUCCCUGGGUGUAUAAUAGUGUCCCCCACCUUCACCAAACAUCAGGCCAGGAAGCUCGCCGGCGCAACUCUACCAUUCUUGCUAUUGCACUGACGUGUCGCUCAUUUCUGGAGCCUGCUUUGGACUUUCUAUGGGAGACACAGGACGUUAGGCUGCUGGUGACUUACUUGCCACCGAACAUAUUUGAUAUGCGAAAGGAUCCUCAAAGCGAGUACACAAGGUGCAUCAAGUGGAACGUGAACAGGGAUAUAGUUGCCAAAGACAUGGAUCGUUUCAGAUAUUAUUCCAGGAGGAUAAGGGUACUGAGAAUGACAAGUCAUGCCAUUAUCCGUGAACUUGGUCCUGAUGGUCAUAUCCACGACAAGGUGGAGGAAGUUGAGGGUCUUCUGCUCGCUGCUAAGAAGUUCUUCGAUGAGGCACCCGCUUUAAUCCCCGACUUCUUUCCCAGGAUACGCACCCUCGAGUUAGCAUUAUGCGCCUCUCCUUCGGCGCUCGGUUUCGAGUUUGCAACAUUGCUUUCUCGUCACUGCCAGCUGCGCUCUCUUACCUUCAACUUGUGGUACGAUUGGUGGACUGAUUUGCGUCGGCCUCGCAAGUGGUUGCCUGAAGAAACCAUGCAUCUACGUACCUUGAUGCAAGUGGCACCUCUAGUGAAACGAGUACACGUUGACUACUUCCCAGAAGAAAUACGUUCAGUGUUGCAGUUCCCCGUGCCAGCCAUUCUGGAGGAACGUGCCGAUAUGGAAUAUCUUGCGUUGCCCUGGUUCAAGCCUCUACACCCUAGUGUGUUACCGCAUCUAGCACGUUUCCGGGAUCUCCGAUCAUUGGAACUUGGCCUGCUGUCGCCGUUUUAUCAUUUCGACGAUGAACCGGUUGAAUUCACAGAAGUUUGUCCUGGUAGCUUUCCGUCGCUGCGGGUUUUGAAGGUCGCCUUGCAUGGCAAAGGUUCCUGGCCCAUGCUUUCCCGUUUUAUACGCCACGCUCCCCUCGAAAGCCUAUUGAUUACUCAGCGCCUCUGUUUCCACUCAUCGGUGGAUGAGACCCUCUCACUCCCACCUUAUGAUCUGCCGGAGACACUCUCGGUGUUUUCCCUUGUUUUUGAGGACAUACCUCUAAGCGAUUCCAGGAUAUAUCGGGGGGAUAUUGUCCUUUCUCCCUCCCUCUUCGACCCCUUGUUAAGACUUAAGAACCUCCAGGAACUUGUGUUAUCCGGAUACACAGAGGGGAUUGAUUUCAACGAUGUUUUCCUGUAUGAGUUGGCAAGUGCUCUACCCAGACUCCGACUUCUCGAUGUCUCGAUGGUCAACACUGGUGACAGAAGUUCCAUCACCACCCUCGGUGGCCUUGUCGCGCUUGCCCGUGCUUGUAAAGAACUUUCCUACAUCGGUAUGAAUGUGAAUCAAGAUGCAGAAGAUGUCCUGUCAUCCGCCUGGGCAGACGAACCAUUCAUGCAGGUGGAAACCUUAGUUGUCGGAUACGCCUCCUCGGUCACGGAUCAUGAGGCUGUCGCAGGCUUUCUGAAGAUGAUGUUUCCUCGUUUGAAAACAGUUUCUCCGCUCCGUUCCAAACCCGUAGGGCCCCCCCUCAGAUCGAGCUAUUUGGCCUGGUACAAGAUACAAGAGCUGUUUGCCGACUCAAACUAA